AUGCUUGAUGCCAGGCUAAAUUUUAAGCAGCAAGUGGAACAUAUAUGUACCAAAGCAUCAGCAGUUAGAGUUAGCCUAUCACGGCUGAUGCCGAAUGUUGGAGGCCCGAAACAAAUUAGGAGGUCACUGCUGUCGUCAAUAGUCACAUCGAUACUGACUUAUGGAAUUUCUGUUUGGGCUAAUGCCCUCAGAAUACAAAGGACACGGAGAAGAGUCGCAUCAGUAUAUAGGCUGAGUGCCCUAAGAGUAGCUAGUGCCUUCCGCACGGUGUCUGAGGAUGCGGUGUGCGUUAUCGCUGGAAUGCUUCCUAUUGGAAUUCUAGCCGAAGAAAGGCAAGUAUUUUAUCGACAAAGAGGAUCAUCAGCAAUGAGCCCUGAUGCAGCAUAG